GCCAAGUAUGCAAAUCCACUGGAGGUAUCACCUAUAGCACAUUAAUAGCGGUUAGUAGUAUCAGACGAAUAUUGAACCUUGAUGGCUACGGAAUCCAUCCAAACUUUAGCCUCUACUGUCUACUAGUAGGGGUAUCUAUCAGUCGAGCGGUCCAUUUACAGAAACUAGAAGCUUGUAUCGCCAUCUUGCAGUCUUGGAUAAACCGGCACAUGGCUGUCAACUCACCGGCGUAAGAUACGAUACAACACACACAUACAGCCACACAUCACGACGACAUAUCCCUUGAUAUUACAAAGAAAAAAACGGCAAUAGCAAUAUUAAACACCAUAUAUGAAGAUGGCUCCUGCUAAUGUCUUUCGCUUCUUCGACCUUCCGCCCGAGUUGAGAGCCGCUAUUCUCUCUCACGUUCUUGUCUCGGAGUAUAGCAUCAUCCUUCACAACUCAACUCUCUUCACAUUACCCCUCUCAUCACUCUCAUCUUUCUUGAAUGUUUUUCUCGUCAGUAUGCAGAUGUACCAGGAGGCAUCUCCUAUAUUUUAUUCACAAAACCGCUUUACGUUAAAUGCACAAAGCCACCGUUUGCCCAUGCAUCUCACUCGUCGUGGAGGAUUUCUGAGUGACGAAGGACAGGGUGCCCGUAGGCGCAUUCGCUGCUUAACCCUUCACCUCACAAGGGUAGGCGGUGAAUUCGAGCGUGUCUUGGGACCUGCUCUCUCCGAUAUGGUUCUCUGCGGGAACUUGCGAGACCUCAGACUGCGUUUGAUUCCACCAAGCUGGCGUGGUGCAAACCGAAUGGCUGACUUCGACAUGGUCCAACGUCCCCCCUUUCAAGCAUUGUUGAGACUACUAGCCGACCCAUACUUGGAAAGGGUUGAGUUGUUGGCCUGGAAAGUGCAUCUGACCGUCUUCUGCCCUUUCCAUCGGACGGGAAACCCAUUGAUCAAGCCAAACGCUGAGUCCGUUGAUGAUCAAGGACUAGCCAUUGUACGAAAUGGUCCCGAUUGGGUCAAACUAGACUGGAAAAGCAUGGUCGAGAUGUUUGGGAUGGGACAGCCGAUUAUGACGAUUGGUGAACGAACCUAUUAAGAUAAUACUGAAUAAGAAGUACGAGCGACAGCGAUAUGAGAUGGUCAGACACGCUUCACUAAUAUCGGGUAUUCAUUUUUUUUUUCCAAGAAAUUCGAAAUCGUGUCAUGGAAGUUUAGCG